AAGAGCACCGAAUUAGCUUCAGUCUCCAAGCAGCAAUGGCUUACCAUCUGAGAUCUGCGAGCGCGCCUUCCAGCCCUCGAUCGAACGAGACCAAGGUCGAGCAGCAGCUCCAGAGCCUGAGCACUGCAACCUCUUCGCCCUCGGCGACCAUCGACACAAUGUGUGAUGGUCUGAGGACGCUAGGAGACCUCUUUGGUUGCAUCGAGAAGAUGGUGUGCACGCCCAGCAACCAAGCCAGCCUAUGCCAGACCGUGCAAGUUCGGAAGGCGGUGGAGGAAGAGCUUGGGCGGUCGCUCGUCUUGCUUGACCUCUGCAACGCCAUGCGGGAGAGCUUCAUGGAGCUGAAGACGAUCGUCCAAGAGAACCUGCUGGUUCUCAGGAGAGGAGAAGAUGCAUCUACUCAUGCCAAGACGUACAUCCGGCUCGUCAAGAAGACACAGAAACAGUUUAAGAAGAUCACCAGGAAGACUGUUUCUGACAACAAGCAGUGCAGGGUGGUGAUGCUGCUGGCAGAAGCGAGAGAGGUUGCUGUUUCACUGCUGGAAUCAACAUCCGGCCUAUUAUCGAAGCAAAUUGAGAUGCCCAAGUGGUCUCUUGUUUCUUCCAGAACGUUCCAGAAGAGCAAAGUUGUGUGCGAAGAGGAGCAAUUGCAGGCGUUAGAGCGCGGCAUCGGGGAUCUUGAGAGCGGAGUGGAACUUCUGUACAGAAGAUUGAUCCAGAACAGAGUUUCUCUUCUGAAUGCUCUUAGCUCGAUAAGCAACACCUUGUCUGGAUGGACAGACCACCUUAGCAAAACAAUAUUCCAGAUCAUAUGGAGAAGAAACCAUCAUCAAAGAUUCAAAAUCCCAAGCAUGGCAUACCAUCUAAGAUCUGCAAGCGCGCCUUCGAGCCCUCGCUCAAACAAACCCGAUGUUGAGCAGCAGCUCCAGUGCCUGAGCGCAACCGUCUCCUCACCCUCGACGACCAUCGAUAUGAUGUGCGAUGGUAUGAGGACACUCGGAGACAUCUUCAGCUGCAUUGAGAAGAUGAUGUGCACACCCAGCAACCAAGUCAGCCUAUGCAAGACCCUGCAAAGGAAGGCAGUGGAGGAAGAGCUUGGACGGUCACUCUUCUUGCUUGACCUCUGCAACGCCAUGCAGGAGAUCUUCAUGGGGUUGAAGAUGACCGUCCAGGAGCUCCUGUUGACUCUUAAGAGAGGAGAUGAUGCAUCUUCUCAGGUGAAGGCAUACAUUCGGCUUGCCAAGAAGGCGCAGAAACAGUUCAAGAAGAUUAGCAAGAAGACUGUUUCUGACAAGGAUAGCAGGGUGGUGAUGCUGCUAGCAGAAGCGAGAGAGGUCACCGUCUCACUGCUCGAAUCGACAUCCGGCCUCUUGUCGAAGCAAAUUGAGAUGCCUAAGUGGUUUCUUGUAUCCACAACAUCCCAGAAGAGCAAAGUUGUGUGCGAAGAGGAGCGAUUGCGGGCACUAGAGUGCCGUAUCGGAGAUCUUGAGAGCGGAGUGGAACUUCUGUACAGGAGAUUGAUCCAGAACAGAGUUUCUCUUCUGAAUGUUCUUAGUUCAUAGAUACCUGGAGCUCUUGUUCCCUGCGAUUGGCAUCCACCUUUUAAAGGAUUAGUCAAUCAUCCUAACAAUUUUGCGAUAUGUACACUUCUGAAUAAGCACUGAAAUUUCACUGAGCUAAAAGCAUAUAUAUUUUUUUGUCAAUUUCAUGUCGUGAAUUCUAUUA